CCACACUCGUGCCCACACAACAAGACAACAGCACUGUCUUUUGCUUGCUAGAUUCGUUGGACCCCGCUUUGUGCAACCCACCAACCAUGCUCUCCCGCGCGUGCCGCCGUCUCAGCAGCAGUGCUGCCGCUGCUCAACAGAUGCACAAGGUGACGAUGAUCCCUGGUGAUGGCAUUGGCCCUGAGAUCUCCGCUGCUGUCAAGCAAAUCUUCCGCGCCGCCGAGGUGCCCGUGGAGUGGGAGGAUGUCGACGUGAUGCCCACCUUUGACGAGUUUGGCCGCUCUACCAUCCCCCAGCGCGCAAAGGACUCCAUCAACGAGAACAAGAUUGCCCUCAAGGGCCCCCUCGGCACGCCCAUUGGCAAGGGCCACCCGUCCCUCAACCUCACGCUGCGCAAGACGUUUGACCUCUUUGCCAACGUGCGCCCCUGCCGCUCAGUCAAGGGCUACAAGACCCCAUACGACGACGUGGACACUGUGAUUAUCCGGGAGAACACGGAGGGCGAGUACUGCGGCGUUGAGCACGAGGUGAUCCCCGGUGUGGUGCAGUCGAUCAAGCUCAUCACGCGCGACGCAUCCAUGCGUGUCGCCAACUUUGCCUUUGAGUUUGCCAAGAACAACAAGCGCAGCAAGGUCACCGCCGUCCACAAGGCAAACAUCAUGAAGAUGUCUGAUGGGCUGUUCCUCGAGUGCUGCAAGGAGGUCGCCGAGCGCUACCCCGACAUUGAGUUUGAGCACCAGCUCCUCGACAAGACAUGCCUCAUGAUCACGGAGGACCCGCACCAGUUUGACGUGAUGGUGAUGCCGAACCUGUACGGCGACAUCCUCUCCGACCUCUCCGCCGGCCUCAUCGGCGGCCUUGGCCUCACCCCAAGCGGCAACAUUGGCGCCACUGGCAUUGCCAUGUUUGAGGCGGUGCACGGCACAGCGCCCGACAUUGCCGGCCAGGACAAGGCCAACCCGACUGCGCUUGUUCUGAGCAGCGUGAUGAUGCUGCGACACAUGCACAUGCACGAGCACGCCGACGUGAUUGAACGCGCCAUCCUCGACACCAUUGCCGCCAGCAAGGAGACGCGGACUGGGGAUCUCGGGGGAACCGCCAGCUGCUCGGGCUUCACCAAGGCCGUCUGCGAUCGCAUCCACCAGUAAACAUCCACACACGCGCACGCGCACGUGCACACGUACACAAGUGUAGUUCUAUGCGUGCAUCUCACCACUCCACGUAUUCCAGCUUUGCAUUUCGUUCCGUUUGUGUCGUCUGUUGCUUUCUUUCCAUGUCAAGCUUGUCGCAAACGUCGUCACGGCACUCCCGCGCUUUUGUUUUGUUUCGUUCGUAUACUUGUUUUGUUUUGGUUUGAGUCGACACCACUGCCUCUUCCGGGUGUGUUUCGGCGAGGUGCUCUUGGGUCACACACACACACACACACACUCUCUCUCUCUCGCUCCCACUCUCUGCCCUGCCGUUGGUUGUGUUGGGUCGUUUCAAUCGUCCAAUCAAAAGAUGGCAAGCAAGCAAGCGAAUGUAAUGCAAAGCGAAUGCAAG